AUGAAGCCACUAAACCCGUCCAACACCCUACAUAGGACAAGACCUGGACAGCCUUCAUUUGCAAUCAAUGAAGAUUGUCCAACUCAGGAGGACGACCUUCUCGAUGGCGAGACUGCAAACACCAAACAGACUCCAUCGUACCUCAAGGAAUAUGAAAAGACUUCACAAGCCCCACGAGGAGUGGUGUCAUCCCGUCCCCUGCAGCCCAUUUCCAUGGAGGACGACUUUCUGAGUCCUGACAAACUCCUCUCCCACUCAGUGUCUAAUCUAUUCUCCAAGCCGGAUGGGCUCAAUGAACCUCCCCCAUUGGAGAGCCCGGCAGUCACAAAGGAAGCAGGAAGCAGCUAUCACGAUUUGGCAGAUCAUCCUGCUUCGAACAGUUCUCCUGAAACCAGACGCUUCGAGGAAGUGAACAUCACCAGCGGACAGCUUUUAACCGCAGACGCAAAGAACAAGGUGGAGAACACAGAUGGUCAUACCUUGACACUGCAGCAUAACUCUGCUGGGUUCGGUGCCAGGCCUGCGGAUAGGCAGCAAGAGUCUGGGAAGCUCAUCUCCCAGGAACAGGGGCAGGUCACUCAGCGAGCUGGAAACGUCGCUGCAGAAGACUGCAAUGCCGACAAUCAGCAUGCUUUUCCAUACUUUGCACGACGUGGAACAAGACCAGCCGACCAAGAUGAUCAACCAGGCCCUGCAGACAGCACCCAUGCUCGCCAGCCAGAGUUACCAGAGCAGUGGUCCAUCGCUGGCAAUGUGGACGACGUUGGUCAUGGGACGUCUCCCUCGGUCACGGCAAAUGCGAGGACCCACCCUAUCAACCACUCCCGUACGACCGCAGGCACGGCACCGAUCCACGACGCUAGAGUCUCCAAGGUGGCAAGAAGACGUCAGCCGCGUCCAGGCGAGAAUCUGCAGGCCCAUGGACAGAACAAUGCAGGAGCUGCCAAGGACGGUCCGUGUGAAGAGGACCUCCUCUUUCUUCUGAUGUCCAAAACACGCGAGAGCAAAGAAGCUCGCACCAGAUCGGAGCGUCUGGAGCUCGAGAACAGAAAUCUCCGCCAUGAAAUGCUGCAGUCAGGUACAGAGUUACGGCAAGCUGUAGAUGCCCGCAACGAAUGCAUUGAAGGAUAUGACCUCCUGAAUCAACACUUGGAGAAUUUCAAGGAGAGGUAUUCCAAGCUCAAGCAGUGGGCAAUGGAGACGAACAAAGACUGCGAAGAGCUUCAAGGCAAAGCAUCCAACUUUGAGAACGCUAUCUCCGGUUUGCCAAAAGACAGAGACGAGCUCCUCGCACAGCUCCAGAACACCGGUGCCGCUUCUAUCAAAGCCGCUGAGCAGUUGGCAAGUGUCCGCAACGCAAUCGGCGAGGUGCGGAUCAUGGCAAAAGAGCGUUCCGCAAGCAUCAAUGACAUGGACGGCCGUUCCAGAAGUCACGAAGAGAAUCUGAGCGCGGAACGACGGCGCUGCGACAGAUUGGAGCAGCAUAUUGUCCACCUGGAGCUUGAGAGAGACAAGCAAAAUGUCCGAAUGUAUGGUGAACAGCAGGAGCUCAGACAUGCCCUGAAAGGCCUGUCUGACAGUCUCCAAAUCCUCCGUGACGGCAGCAUGGAAGAUAGUCUGGAGAAAGGUCGAAUGCUCGAGGCUCUCGGUCACAUCGUGUCGCUUCUCGACACCGCUGUUUGCAAGAGAUCAGACCUGCUCUCACUGAAAGACACCAUCGAGACAGCCAAGACAUCAUUCGCUAUGGUUGAGAAGUCAAUCUCUGAGGACCUGCAAGCAACAGUCGCACAUCUGACGAACAGUCUUCAGAUAGACGUUGCUGCACAUUCAGACAAGCUGCUCUCAGCUAUCCCCCCUCAUACUGGUCAGCUCAAUGAAGUUGCAUCAGCGCUCGUCCGCCUGGAGCAGAAGGCUGAGCAGAUGGAACUGAUCAUCAAACUACUCCAAGACGCGAAAACCAGUGCGGAAAAGGAGAGUUCUUGUCUGCAAGGGAUGGCUGACAACCUUGAGAAAGCUCUAUUUUCCGAGAGAGAAGCCGCUCAGAAGACAGUCAGUGACCUUACCACCAAUGUCAAUGAGUGGACGCUCAAAUGUCAAGAGGUACGCGCAGAGCUGGAGAAAUGCAAACAGGAACGGGAAGCCGAGGCGUCGGUGGUUCCUGAUCUUCAGAACGAGCUGGCGCAGAAGAAGACUGAACUAGAACUUGCUUUUGCUGCGUCUCAACGAGAUGCUCAAGACAAGGACAAACUGGCCGCAGAGAAAGCAGCCCUCCUCAACCGCUUGAAGGAACUUGCGAAGAAGAACGCAGUUAUUCCCGCACUGGAGCGGAGUCAACAGCAAAGUCACUCAAAGAUCACUGAACUGGAGUCCACUCUGAAAGCUUCACGUGCACACGCUCAAAAGAAUGAACGGCUUGCUAAAGAGAAAGCAGCCGUCGAGAGUCAACUGACAGAGCUUCGAAAGGAGAACUCGGCGUUGACAGAAGUGCGGAUGAACCUACAGCAGACAACCUCCAAAGUCGACGAGUUGCAGAACAUCAAUACGUCUCUUGAGGAGAACCUUGCUUCUCUCAAGUCAGAUCUCGAUGAGAAGAACAAGAAGUGUUCCCAGAUUGGACCACUGAAGGAUUCCAUCAAGGCAAAGGACGACGAGCUCGCGGAGCUGCGGAAACAACUGGCCUCAUCGAAAAAGUGGACCAGCGAGGUUGAGAGACCCAGAGACGACCGAGAACGAACAGAAGGAGAACUAGCUGCCAUACAACAGCAGAUACGCAACCUGGAAGGCGCUCUCUCCAAUGCCAAACUCGACCUGAGAGCUAAACAGGCCGAAGCGCAGAGCCAGGGUGGGCACCGCUCAGCAACAACGAGGCUGCUCCCAGACAGUCAACUUGGACGUUCUCGUUUGGAUUUGAGCCGUGAUGGAGUGACCCGACCAUUGGCCUUGUCCGCUGGCACAGCAACGGUCUCUGAGACCCAAUCGGGAGUCCCGGAGUCUGUCCCAGUCGGCGCAGGAGGCCGGCUUCUAUUUGCAGACCGGCAAGUACAGGAUGGCGAUUGGGCACUCAACUCACUUCCAGACGCAUAUGAAGACGACGCUCUCGAAGCCGACAUCCAACCACGCCUCGCUUGCACAGAGCUACACAAUCGUGGACAGGGACAUCCUUUGGUAGUGGAGCGCGUGAGAAGAGCCGCAGAUGGCCAGGGAUCCCUCGUACGAGUGCCUUCGAGCUCAUACUCAUCGCAGGGUGAGCAAAUGCUCCUCGAUCAAGUCGGUCAAGUGGAUGCUGGUGCUGCAGACAAUGUCGCUACCGGCACAGCUCCGAACGGUGCUGACGUGUGGAGAUACCUCUCCCCAGAACAAGCGGCCGGCCUGGAGAGACUGAGAAACAUCGUACGAGGUCGAUGGCCUCCUGUUACACCGAAGCGAAGUAUCGAGGACGUGCUCAACCGCCCUUUCCAACCUACGUUCGGGAGGGAGCAGCACCGGUCGAAUCCCGCCGUCAAGCGUCGACUCGAGCCAGAAGUCGAGAAGAAUGAGGUCCAGGAAAACACUCGGCGGCUCAAGCGUGGGACGGCCAACCUUGAAAUCACGAUGCCACAACCUCGUCAUCCUAUCCGGGUUGUGCCACCGUUGGAUGCGCCCACGUCGAAUGCGCCCAUAUCGAAUGCGCACACAUUGAAUGUGCCCAUGUUGAAUGUGUCCACGUUGAAUGUGUCCACGCUGAAUGCGCCCACGUUGAAUGCGCCUAGGUCGACGGCGCCCACGUUUACUACGUUGCCUGCGGAACCGACUGUCAGCCGGGGCUUAGGUCGCUACGCGAACCGCAACACAAUCGUGGGAACGUAUGCACCGGCGCCCGGAAAGAUCUUCGGAUCCCAGAAGCCACCACGCAAGGGGUCUCGAGCGGACAAGUUCCACAGACGCUUCAAUGGGCUUGAAUGA